AUGAUACCGCAAGUAUUCGAAUCUCGCAAGAGCAAGAUUCUUGCAGAGCUCUCCAUCCCAGAUGAACAAUAUUCAGACCUUUCACCCAAAGGAUCUGUUGACGAAGGGAUCCGUGAUCUUAUUAGAGACAUCAAUGCUUUGCCUGGAUUGGUGACGACCAGUAGCUGUGCUGGUCGAAUCAGUGUGUUUUUGGAGGGAAGAAAGAAGCGACAAGAAACCCAGGACGACAAUCAGAGACAGUUCGUACCAUCUGGAGGUAAAGGAGCAGGAAAAUGGCUGUAUGUGUCUCAUGAACCUUUGGAAAUGAGCAGCCAUAAUGCAGAAUCUGGGGGCAACGGCUCUGAAAACCAAGAGAAUGAAAAGAGGAAGUCUUUGCAUGAGAUGUUUGGGAUGGUUCCUGGUGACGGCAAGCCACCAGGCGUGAAUAGACAAGGUCAAGCCCCACGUCUCGUACGCUUCCAUUUUGAGCCUAUGAUCCUCCACAUAAUGACCGCAACUCUUCACCACGCCCAACCUGUUCUUUCUGCAGCAUCUAGCUCUGGGUUCCGUGAAAGUGGAUUACAGAGUCUCCGCUGCCUAGAAACUGACGAGGGCCCGAGUCCUAUUAUCGCCGUACGGUCUGCGGGAUUGUCACUCGAGUCCGUAAUUGGAUAUUGCGAUGAUAACGACGACAAUGACAAUGACGAUGACGACGGAUCCGGUACUGAGGAGGUCGUCAUCCGCAGUUUGGUGACGGAAGAAUACCUUCAGAUGCUGGUUGCGAUCUCAAAUGAAAGAUUCUCUAUAAACAUGGAGCGCAAGGAAAGAUUUCGGACGGCUCUCCUCAGUUCAUGUUUCCCACACUCUGCUAAUACCGCCAAGGCGAAGGGGAAAACUAAGCCUCCUGGUUGGGAGGACCCCGAGAAACGCAGAGAGAGAAUGAGGGCAGAAGGACUGAUGAGGAAAAGGCUUCUUGAAAACCAGGCAAAACAGAAUGACCAUCAUGAACUAGCCCAACACAAUGAAGAAUUCUAA